UGGAGCUCCUCGGGUCCAACAUGUCCGCCGCGCUGCCGUGAGGAGGAAACAUGGAAGACGUCGGCGUGGAGGAGCUGUCGCAGCUCGAAUACCUGUCUCUGGUGUCCAAGGUUUGCACGGAGCUCGAUAAUCACUUGGGAAUAAACGAUAAGGAUCUAGCGGAGUUCGUCAUCAGCCUUGCAGAAAAACAAUCCAGCUUUGACGGAUUCAAGGCUCUUCUGCUGGAAAAUGGAGCAGAAUUCACGGACUCGCUCAUCAGCAACCUGCUCAGGCUCAUCCAGACCAUGCGACCUCCGUCCCAGGCGUCGGGCAGCAAAGAUUCAGAGACUUCUUCGGCUAAGCCGAGAUCAGAAAAGGACAAGUUGAAGGAGCUGUUUCCUGCUCUGUGCAGAGCAAAUGAUCCCGCACCAAAGCGGCUACUGGAUGAAGAUGACGUCAAAGUAGCUGCUGAUGCAAUGAAAGAACUGGAGAUGUUUAUGCCCAGUGUUAGUGAGAGCGACAGCAAGGGCAGCAAGCACAAAUCAGAUAAAAUGAGGCGACACAGCCGAAGUCGCAGCCGAAGCAGGGACAGGGACAGACACAGAGACCGGGACCGAGACAGAGACAGGGAUCGAGACAAGGACAGGAAGAGACGGCACCGCUCCCGAUCACGUUCGAGAUCCAGGUCUCGCUCCAGAGACCGAGACCGGCACAGAGACAGAGACAGAGAUCGUGGCAAGAGAAGAGACCGGUCUUCUCGAUGGUCUGAUCGCUCACCCAGCCCCAGGAAAGAGCAAGAAAAAGACAGAGACGCUGACCGCUGGAAGGACAAACACGUGGACCGCCCUCCUCCCGAGGAGCCUUCUGUCGGGGAUAUCUACAAUGGAAAAAUCACCAGCAUCAUGCAGUUUGGAUGUUUUGUUCAGCUGGAGGGAUUAAGAAAACGAUGGGAGGGCCUGGUCCACAUUUCUGAGCUCCGCAGAGAAGGUCGUGUGGCCAACGUGGCUGACGUUGUCAGCAAAGGCCAGCGGGUUAAAGUCAAGGUGUUGUCCUUCACCGGCUCCAAGACCAGCCUCAGUAUGAAGGAUGUGGACCAGGACACAGGGGAGGACCUUAACCCCAACAGGAGGAGGAACGUAGGCCCAGAAGGAGGGGAGGAGGUCACUAUGAGGAACCCGGACCGGCCGACCAACCUGAACCUCGGCCACGCUCCCGAGAUGGACCAGGACGACACGCUGGAGCGCAAGAGACUCACCAAGAUCUCCGACCCGGAGAAAUGGGAGAUCAAACAGAUGAUCGCUGCCAACGUGUUGUCCAAAGAAGAAUUCCCUGAUUUUGAUGACGAGACGGGGAUCCUUCCUAAAGUUGAUGAUGAAGAGGAUGAAGACUUGGAAAUUGAGUUGGUUGAGGAGGAACCCCCGUUUCUGAGAGGACACACGAAGCAAAGCAUGGACAUGAGCCCCGUCAAGAUCGUCAAGAACCCGGAUGGGUCUCUGUCUCAGGCGGCCAUGAUGCAGAGCGCUCUGGCGAAAGAGAGACGAGAGCUGAAGCAAGCGGCGCGGGAGGCAGAGAUGGACUCCAUCCCCAUGGGGCUGAACAAACACUGGGUCGACCCGCUGCCAGACGUUGAUGGUAGGCAGAUUGCUGCCAACAUGAGAGGCAUUGGCAUGAUGCCCAAUGACAUCCCAGAGUGGAAGAAACAUGCUUUUGGAGGGAACAAAGCGUCCUAUGGAAAGAAGACGCAGCUCUCUAUCCUGGAGCAGAGGGAGAGCCUCCCCAUCUACAAGCUGAAAGAGCAGCUCAUUCAGGCUGUUCAUGACAACCAGAUUCUGAUCGUGAUUGGCGAGACGGGCUCUGGGAAGACGACCCAGAUCACCCAGUACCUGGCGGAGGCCGGGUACACCACCCGGGGGAAGAUCGGCUGCACCCAGCCCCGUCGUGUGGCCGCCAUGUCGGUGGCCAAGAGAGUCUCUGAGGAGUACGGUUGCUGUCUGGGUCAAGAGGUGGGUUACACCAUCCGUUUUGAGGACUGCACCAGCCCCGAGACGGUUAUCAAGUACAUGACGGACGGUAUGCUGCUGAGAGAGUGUUUGAUCGACUCUGAACUGGGCCAGUACGCCAUCAUCAUGCUGGAUGAAGCCCACGAGAGGACAAUCCACACGGAUGUUCUGUUUGGGCUCCUCAAGAAGACCGUACAGAAGCGCACGGAUAUGAAGCUGAUCGUAACUUCAGCUACGCUCGACGCCGUCAAAUUCUCCCAGUAUUUCUACGAAGCACCAAUCUUCACCAUCCCAGGCAGGACGUAUCCCGUGGAGGUUCUCUACACCAAGGAGCCCGAGACGGACUACCUGGAUGCCAGCCUCAUCACCGUCAUGCAGAUCCACCUGACGGAGCCUCCAGGUGACAUCCUGGUCUUCUUAACGGGUCAGGAAGAGAUUGACACCGCCUGUGAGAUCCUGUACGAGAGGAUGAAGUCCCUUGGACCUGACGUUCCUGAACUCAUCAUCCUGCCAGUUUACUCUGCGUUGCCCAGUGAGAUGCAGACCAGGAUCUUUGACCCUGCACCCCCAGGCAGCCGAAAGGUUGUUAUUGCUACAAACAUCGCAGAGACGUCUCUGACCAUCGAUGGAAUCUAUUACGUCGUGGACCCCGGCUUUGUCAAGCAGAAAGUGUACAACUCUAAGACUGGCAUUGAUCAGCUGGUGGUGACUCCCAUCUCGCAGGCCCAGGCCAAGCAGAGGGCGGGUCGUGCAGGAAGAACCGGCCCCGGCAAGUGUUACAGGCUGUACACGGAGAGAGCGUACAGGGAUGAGAUGCUGACGACCAACGUGCCGGAGAUCCAGAGAACCAACCUGGCCAGCACUGUGCUGUCUCUGAAGGCCAUGGGCAUCAACGACCUGCUGUCCUUCGACUUCAUGGACGCGCCUCCCAUGGAGACUCUGAUCACAGCCAUGGAGCAGCUCUACACCCUGGGGGCGCUGGACGACGAGGGCCUGCUCACCCGGCUGGGUAGAAGGAUGGCGGAGUUUCCUCUGGAGCCCAUGCUGUGCAAGAUGCUGAUCAUGUCCGUCCAUCUGGGCUGCAGUGAGGAGAUGCUGACCAUCGUGUCCAUGCUCUCUGUGCAGAACGUCUUCUACAGGCCUAAGGACAAGCAGGCCUUGGCCGACCAGAAGAAAGCCAAGUUCCACCAGCCGGAGGGAGACCACCUGACCCUGCUGGCCGUCUACAACUCCUGGAAGAACAACAAGUUCUCCAACCCGUGGUGCUACGAGAACUUCAUCCAGGCCCGCUCCCUCCGGAGAGCUCAGGACAUCCGCAAGCAGAUGCUGGGCAUCAUGGACAGACAUAAACUGGACGUGGUCUCUUGCGGCAAAGCGACAGUACGAGUGCAGAAAGCCAUCUGCAGUGGUUUCUUCAGAAAUGCAGCCAAGAAGGAUCCUCAGGAGGGCUACAGGACCCUGAUAGACCAGCAGGUGGUUUACAUCCACCCCUCCAGCGCGCUCUUCAACCGCCAGCCUGAAUGGGUUGUGUACCACGAGUUGGUGCUGACCACCAAGGAGUACAUGCGGGAGGUGACCACCAUCGACCCCCGCUGGCUGGUGGAGUUUUCUCCGGCCUUCUUCAAGGUGUCUGACCCCACGCGCCUCAGCAAGCAGAAGAAGCAGCAGCGCCUGGAGCCGCUGUACAACCGCUACGAGGAGCCCAACGCCUGGAGGAUCUCCCGCGCCUUCAGGCGCCGCUAACGUGGCGUGAUGUCAUAGCGUACUGGACGCGGCUGGUUGAAGGGUUCCAAUCAACUCUGAGCCGUUGGUCACUCCUUUUAAAGCUCUUAGCACGUAAACAUCCCAGAUUCCCCGUCAUGUCUGAGUUCAUGCAGGAACUUGCAUGUGAGUCUCUAAAAGCAACUUAACAUGUCACGAGAUCAGUUACAAAAGAAAACCUGGAGACAGAUGUUUCACAGACUUCAGGGGAGAUUUUUCUUUUUUAAAACAGCGGCCUAUUUAUUUCUUUUCUGUAAAUUGUAGUCUCAAUUUGACCCAAUUAAGAACCUGAGGGAUUUUUAGUCUGCGUUCUACUGAACUUUUACCAUAAAAACAUAGUUCAACACGUCUUAUGUCUUUUGUAAAAUAACUUCAUUCGUCAGUGGGCCAAUGAAAUGAUUAAAAAGUUUGAUUAAAAAGCUGUGAAUUG